AUGGAUUCCGAACGGUAUCAGCUUAGCGACAGCAGCGUCCCCAGCUCGCCUGAUCUUCAGUACAGCGGCUCCAGCUCCAGUCUUUCGAGUUUGGGAUCGCCUAUCUCACCUCCCCUGACCCAGACCAAGCCCUCGGCCGACUCCUUUGUCUUCGCCUUUGACAUUGAUGGUGUCCUUGUCCGCGGCGGACGGCCCAUUCCCGAGGCCAUUGAGGCCAUGAAGGUUCUCAACGGUGAAAACGAGUACGGUGUUAAAAUCCCUCACAUCUUCCUUACCAACGGAGGUGGAAAAACCGAAGAGGAGCGCUGCCGCGACCUGUCCAGUCAGCUCCAGCGUGACAUCAAGGCAGGCCAGUUCAUCUGCGGCCACACCCCCAUGAGGGAGAUGGCUCGAACUUACGGCACCGUUCUCGUCAUUGGUGGUGAGGGCGAGAAGUGUCGCCAGGUUGCAGAGGGCUACGGCUUCAAGGAUGUCGUCACUCCCGGUGACAUCAUCAAACACGACUCUGCCACUACUCCCUUCCGCACCCUGACCCCCGAGGAGCACGCCAACUCUCGUGAGCGCGACUUCUCCCAGGUCACCAUCGACGCCGUCUUUGUCUUCGCCGACUCGCGCGACUGGGCUGGCGACAUUCAGAUCAUGCUUGACGUCGCCAUGUCGCAAGGUGGCCGUUUGGGCACCCGCUCCGAGACUUUCGACCAGGGUCCCCCCUUCUACUUCUCCCACAACGAUGUCGUCUGGUCUGCCGCCCACGAGCACGUCCGCCUCGGCAUGGGUGCCCUCCGCCGCAUGUUUGAAAUCACUUUUGACGAUUUGACUGGUGGAAAGGGGAAGCUCAACACCCACGCCUUUGGCAAGCCCCAGGUUUCUACCUUUGAAUUCGCCUCGCGCCUCAUGAACCAGUGGCGCAGUGAUGAGCAUGGCCUUGCCACCGCUCCCUCAACCGUUUACUUUGUCGGUGACACGCCCGAGAGUGACAUCCGUGGUACCAACGCUGUGAACGAGAAGGCCGACAACGACUGGUACAGCAUCCUCGUCAAAACUGGCGUCUACCAGGAGGGUACUGAACCCGCAUACAAACCCCGUGUCACCGUCAACAAUGUCCUCGACGCUGUCAACCAUGGCCUGCAUCGCGAGAUGGCCCGCAGAGGCAACUCGCUCAAGAAGCAACAAGUUCUCGACGACACUGCCAAGAAGGCCGAACACAUUAACCCCUCCAUCUUUGACAGUGACGUCGACACCAUCACCAUCUAA